UUGCGCGUGCGCAUCCACGGAGAUCACGUCGAUUAUGAAUGUUUGCGGAGAAAAAAUAAUAACAUGUUGUUAGUGUAAUAAUAGUUCCAAGUGGUAACCUUUAAAAUGUGCAAUAUUAAGUGUGGCAUAAUAUUAUUUGGAAUACUCAUAGUUGCUACGCAAAUUGUACCUGAAUCAGAAGCGAACCUGAUGUCAAUGCUUGACUUCCGAUACUUUCGAUGCGUCAUGAAACGAGAGUGGAAGUGUCCAGAUAGUGAGAUCAACUUUUUCCUGUACACACCGGAACGUCCCUUCAAGCAAUGGGUAGAUGUGCGGCACAAGCAUCUGCUCGACGUCUACGGGUGGAAGCAGCACAGGAAGAAUGUCCUCAUCGUCCAUGGGUUCAACGGCACUCACGACAAAACACCCAUGAGCUUCCUACGCGAUGCCUACUUGUCUCGGAAAGACUACAACGUGUUUAUGGUCGACUGGUCGCCGCUAACUAGGUUUCCGUGCUACCUGUCGUCUCUCUCCAACAUGAAAUUAGCAUCCCAGUGCGCAGCCCAGUUAUACUCGUACAUAACACAAGCAGGUGCCCUGGCCAGGAAGAUCACAUGUGUGGGCCACUCCCUGGGCGCGCACAUCUGCGGCAUGAUCUCCAACCACCUCACCGAGAAACAGUACAAGAUUGUUGGUCUAGAUCCAGCUCGCCCUCUAGUAUCAGCAUAUGGCUCCCGGCUGUUUCGGCUUGGAAGAGAUGACGCUCACGUGGUGCAGGUCAUCCAUACGAACGCCGGUUUCCUGGGCGAGACUGGCCUGGUCGGCCACGCUGACUUCUGCGUGAACGGUGGAAGGUUGCAGCCCGGCUGCAAGGGACAUUUCAUGCGUAUAGCUCGAUGUAGCCACUUCAUGAGUUCAUGUUAUUUUGCCGCGAGCAUCAAGAAAAAAGUUCGCAUGGUCGGCGUGCCUUGUGACACCACUUGUCCGAAAGAGCGUGGACGUUGGGGUAUCCACUACAACAGGCGAGCUCUGCGGGUCAGCGAAGACACCCCUGAUUCGGCUCGAGGGAUGUACUGCGUAAGUUUGGACCACGAGGAAGCCUGUCCUUUCGACUGAAGAUAAAC